ACGGGUCGGGUGGCCAUGGCAGCAAGUGACCUCAUGAUUUUCGGCCGCUACAAUUGGUGGAUUGCAUUGACACCGGAUUGGCUGUUGGGUCGAAUGAAACUGACAAUCGGUUAUGCCUAUGGUCACCACGUUAGUUCCCUGGAUGUUUACCGCUGUGGACGCCGCAUACUGGGGAUUUGUUAGUGCGCUUCGUUAGCUCAAUUUUCCUCUAAACCUAGCUGACCAGUAACGUCCACUCCAGAACCCUAGCAUGGUAGCAACAGAGUUUCUUGGCUAUGUGCAAUCUUUCUCUGUUUGCAACUACGUCGGAUUCGAAGACUUGGCUGAUCGUGCCAACUUCCAGUGGAAUGUCAUUGUUCUCUUGAUCUGCAUGGUGUUGGUCACAUUUCGACAGUACUUUAUGAGCCCACUGGUGUGUUAUCUCCCAACUACUGUAAGUGGAGUGAACGCUGAUUCAUACAUUACAAAUCUGUGCUGGAUUGAAGGCACGUUUCCAAUCAACUUGACUUCCGGUCAUGUACCACAUAAAGUGACCGAUUGGGACGCACUAAAGCCUCAGCAGAUGAAUUAUUAUCAAUGGGUUCCACUGGUCCUGGGUCUUCAAGCCAUCCUCUACUACCUCCCUCGCAUAUUUUGGAGCAUUUUUACCUACAAUCGCACAGGAACAGAUUUGCAAAAUUUAGUCCGCACAGCGAACUCCAUAACUAGAGAAGAUGGUGAGAAAAGACAAAAAAUGGUCCAGCAUAUCUCGCGCACAUUGGAACUGCUCCUUUUCAGCAGACGUGAGUACCGUGGAGGUUCCGGGGACAUCAUCGAUCGCCUGCGACGCUCUUCCCUCUUCCCAGGAAAGCGUCAUGGAAACAAUCUUGUCUACGUAUAUCUGUUCGUUAAAAUUUUGUAUGCUGUCAUCGGUGUUUGUCAACUCUAUAUGAUGUAUGUUUUUCUCCGAUUUGAUGCUCGUGAGGGAUACCUGUUCUUCGGCUUCCGUGUAUUGAACGACAUAAUCACAGGAAAACCGUGGACCGAGACACAAGUAUUCCCCCGUGUUGGAAUGUGCAGGCAUACACUUCAACAUGUGGGCGCUAGCAAUAGACUCUUCGCCCAGUGUGUCCUUCCGAUCAACAUGCUCAAUGAGAAGAUCUACGUAUUUCUCUUCUUUUUUCUUGGGGCUGUUGUAUGGAUCACUUUGGUCAGUAUUCCUCUGUGGCUUGUGCGCAUGGGUAUCAAGAAGAGACAACGACAUUUUGUACGUCGCUUUCUAAAAAUAGCCGACCUCUACGAUCGGGACGACCCAAAGAUGGCCCUACUUGUGGAUCGUUUCAUAUCGGAAUUUUUACGCCAGGAUGGGCAUUUCAUUUUGCGAAUGAUCUCGAUGAAUGCGGGUGAUUUGAUUGCAGUCGAAAUUGUUUGCUGUUUGUUUGCGGACUACAAGAAACAGUUUUUGGACAAGGAUUUCCGUGGCCCGCCUAUCGUUCCAAAAGUACCCAAAUACAUGUCGGAUUAUCAUCAUCACCAUGCUACAGGUGACGUGUCCAUAGACAUUACGGAUAAAACCUACGGAGGUUUCAUGAGUGCUAAACUGGAACAGGGCGAUGUUGUCACGGUUCGCCAGCGACCGCUGCCAUCGGCGCCUUACGCACCACUAUCCGCCAAUGCUCCAUUAACGAAAGAUGCUGUUGAUGUUGAAUUGACAGAAAUGUAUCCCGUGAGCUUACUCAGAUCCGGACAGCCUGCUAUCACUCAACCGGAUGGCAAUGCGAACGAAGCAUCCGAUCGCCAGCGUCGUUCUCCUCCAUCGAAUCAAAACUCAAAUGGCGGUUCCGAUCGAGACAGUACAGUGAAAAAGGUAUAUCAUCCUCCAUGCGAGGUGUAGCGACGGAACGAAUUCGCUUCUGUAUUGUACUGUGGAAUUCCAAACACUGUCCAAGUUCUUGUUCCAGUGUCUAGACGAUCUCAAAAGAAAUAAAUCUCAGGCUUCCUGCCCAUUUCCAACCGGGUUUUUGGUUUACUCACGUAUUUUUAUAUUUAUAAACACAUUUGCAUUAUUCUUUCAACCUCUUUGUUUUAGCCAAAACUUUGCGGUUUCCCUUUACAGCAAUUCCUUUUCAACUCACGGGAUUUUUAGGUAUUACCGAAUUCCUGUGUUUUGUAAAACACACACUUGUCUAGAGGCGACAUGUUUCACUCUACACCGCACCCGUGAAGAUUUAAGACAACCGCACUGGUCGUGCACUCUGUACCUACUUCCACUUCUGUAUGAACUUGUGUCGUGUGUACUCCAUAAUGUAGCACUUUUCUAUUUGCACAUUGCCACUAUUUUGCUCAGCAAUUCAAAUACAUUUUAUACUCUCGGUACC